CGGCGUGUGAUGAGAGAUGUCUCACAGGAAGUUCUCUGCUCCCAGGCAUGGGUCCUUGGGCUUCUUGCCGCGGAAGCGCAGCAGCAGGCAUCGUGGGAAAGUGAAGAGCUUCCCCAAGGAUGACCCUUCCAAGCCUGUUCACCUCACAGCCUUUCUAGGCUACAAGGCUGGCAUGACCCACAUUGUCGGGGAGGUUGACAGACCAGGAUCCAAGGUAAACAAGAAAGAAGUCGUGGAGGCUGUAACCAUUGUGGAAACACCACCUAUGGUAGUUGUGGGCAUUGUGGGAUAUGUCGAAACCCCACGAGGUCUCCGCACCUUCAAGACAGUAUUUGCUGAGCACAUCAGUGAUGAGUGUAAAAGGCGGUUCUACAAGAACUACCCACCUCCAUCAUUUGUCCAUUAUGGUGAGGUAACCAAUGACUUCAUCGUGCUCAAAGGCUGUGUGGUGGGAACCAAGAAGCGAGUGCUCACACUCCGUAAGUCCUUGCUGGUGCAGACCAAAAUGCGGGCUCUGGAGAAGAUUGACCUGAAAUUCAUUGACACCACCUCCAAGUUUGGCCACGGUCGUUUCCAGACCAUGGAGGAGAAGAAAGCAUUCAUGGGACCACUCAAGAAAGACCACAUUGCCAAGGAAGAAGGUGCUUAAUGCCAGAAUUUGCUUGACUGGUGUGGUUGGUCUCAAUAAAAACU